UAAAGUUCUAACAUUCACAUACUUAAAAUAAUACAGGUUAACCAUGAAGUUUAUGUAUCUUGCAUUCCUACUUCUAUUUGUUUUCUCUAGCCAAUUCUUGCUUGGAGGAGCAGAUGCUUCCCCCAGACAAGUGAUUGACACAGAAGGCAAGAAAGUUCGAGCUGGCGUAGAUUACUAUAUCCGACCGGUCCCAACAACCCCAUGUGAUGGGCGUGGGCCGUGUGUGGUUGGAAGUGGCUAUGUUCUCAUAGCAAGGUCAUCCAACCACACUUGCCCUCUUAGUGUUGCGGUGGUGGAGGGUUUCCGUGGCCUAGCAGUCACAUUCAAACUUGUUAACCCUAAAAAAGGGGUCAUUAGGGUUUCUACUGACUUGAACAUCAAAACCUCCCUAACUAACACAAGUUGUAGUGAGUCCACGGUCUGGAAGCUAGAUGCCUUUGAUGAUUCAACUGGACAGUGGUUUGUGACCACUGGUGGUGUGUUGGGAAACCCUGGCAAGGAUACCAUCGACAACUGGUUCAAGAUUGAGGAGUAUGAUGAUGAUUACAAGCUCGUGUUUUGCCCCACAGUGUGCAACUUCUGCAAGCCUUUGUGUAGGAAUGUUGGGGUGUUUAGGGAUAGUAAUGGGAACCAGCGCGUGGCUCUCACUGAUGAGCCUUACAAAGUUAGGUUCCAGCCAUCUGCUUGAAGCUUCAUUAAUGCAUAUGCAUGAAAAAAGAUAUGUAAUUAAUGAGAACAUGAUAUUUCAUCUGGAAAAUUAAGCAUCAUCAUCAUGCACGAAUAAAAUUGAUGCUUUUGUCAUAUUCUAUUUUUGUAUGAAUAAAUUACGUAUUGAUAUCUUCUGAUGAUUAA